GGCCCCCUUCCCGCGCCGCGCGCUGCAGCCAUGGCGGUGACCGCGGAGGGCGCCCGCAGGAAGGAACGCGUCCUCUGCCUGUUUGACGUGGACGGGACCCUCACGCCCGCCCGCCAGAAAAUCGACCCCGAAGUGGCCGCCUUCCUGCAGAAGCUGCGAGGCCGUGUACAGAUCGGAGUGGUAGGCGGCUCCGACUACUCUAAAAUCGCGGAGCAGCUGGGCGAGGGGGAUGAAGUCAUCGAGAAGUUUGAUUAUGUGUUUGCGGAGAACGGGACGGUGCAGUACAAGCAUGGACGGCUGCUGUCCAAGCAGACCAUCCAGAACCACCUGGGGGAGGAUUUGCUACAGGACUUGAUCAACUUCUGUCUCCACUACAUGGCCCUGCUCAGACUGCCCAAGAAACGAGGGACCUUCAUUGAGUUCCGGAAUGGCAUGUUGAACAUCUCGCCCAUCGGCCGGAGCUGCACCCUGGAGGAGCGCAUCGAGUUCUCGGAACUGGACAAGAAGGAGAAGAUCCGGGAGAAGUUUGUGGAUGCUCUGAAAACUGAGUUUGCUGGCAAAGGGCUGAGGUUCUCCCGAGGAGGCAUGAUAAGCUUCGACGUCUUCCCCGAGGGCUGGGACAAGCGCUACUGCCUGGACAGCCUGGACCAGGACUGCUUCGACACCAUCCACUUCUUCGGGAAUGAAACCAGCCCUGGCAGGAACGACUUUGAGAUCUACGCAGACGCCCGGACGGUGGGCCACAGCGUGGUCUCCCCACAGGACACGGUACAGCGCUGCCGGGAGAUCUUCUUCCCGGAGACGGCCCACGAGGCGUGACCUGCCACCCUCCAGAUUCAGACUUCCGAGGAGCCCCUCAAAGAGCCCUGGCCCAGUGGGGGGCUGUGCAGCAGCUCUGCCUCCUCA